AUGGAAAUGAUUGAACGACUAGUCAAUCGAAAAUAUGAAUUAGAAUUAUGGAGAGAAGAAAUUCAACAUUUAAAAAAUUAUCUACAAGAACAUCAAUGGCCAUCAUCAUUUCGUUAUAUACAUGUUGGUAUACCAUCAUUUAUUGAAACAAUUUCAGAUCAUACUAUUCAACAACAAUUCAUUGAUCAACAUCGACAAAUACUUCAUGAUUAUAAACGGCAACUACUUCGAUUAUUGAUUACAAUAUCCGAAGAAAUUUGUUCAAAAAUACAAACUGCAUUCAAUCAUGAUAUGUCUCAAUUUUGGAAUUAUCAACAUUCAUUACCUGUACAAGAACAAUUCUCUCAAAUGACCUUAAACUUGAUUGAUCAACGUUUUAGUUUGAUGAUACGUAAAGUACAUGCUAUUUAUUGUCAUUAUUAUCAUCAUUCAAAAUAA